AUCAUUAUUACAACAACAUAGAACUGUGUUGUAAGUUGUAAUAAAUCAUAGACAGACACAGAGGACCAAUAUGAAGAUUCGUAGCUCUAAGAAGAUCUCAGCAAAAUGGGUUCCUGUUUUCUCUGUAUUUUCCUUCCUUAUUGGAAUGCUCAUAACAACCAGGAUAUGGGAACCACCUGAAUCUAACGGGGUAUUUCUGUCAAAUCACCGACAUGAGCAAGAACUGCAAGUGGUGUCAGGGGAUUGUGCUCCUAAAAAGCCUGUGCAGGAUAAUGAUGUAAUGAAUAAAGUGUACAAAACCCAUGGAGCCAUUCAGGGUGUCAGAUCUCUAGACAAGCAAGUUUCCAUGCUUCAGAUGGAGCUGGCAGCAGCAAGGAGUACUCGAGAACACAAGAUUUCGGAUGGUUCAGCUAACACCUUGGCCUCGGGGGUCUCCACUGAAGGCCCUCCCAGGAAGAAGGUGUUUGUAGUGAUUGGCAUAAACACUGCUUUCAGUAGCAGGAAGCGGCGUGAUUCGGUUAGAGAGACUUGGAUGCCUCAAGGUGAACAGCUUCUUCAAUUAGAACGCGAGAAAGGAAUUGUCAUCAGAUUCAUGAUUGGUCACAGUGCUACUUCUAACAGCAUUCUAGAUCGAGCUAUUGAUUCAGAAGAAGCCCAGCACAAAGACUUCCUUCGCCUGGAACAUGUUGAAGGGUAUCAUGAAUUGUCUGCAAAGACAAAAAUAUUCUUUUCCACAGCAGUUGCAAAAUGGGAUGCGGAUUUCUAUGUCAAAGUGGAUGAUGAUGUCCAUGUCAAUUUAGGUGUACUUGCAACAACCCUUGCUCGUCACCGUUCAAAACCAAGGAUCUACAUUGGAUGUAUGAAAUCUGGACCUGUUCUUUCUCGAAGGGAUGUCAAGUAUCAUGAACCUGAGUUUUGGAAAUUUGGAGAAGAGGGGAACAAAUACUUCCGACAUGCAACUGGGCAGAUAUAUGCAAUCUCUAAGGAUCUGGCCACCUACAUUUCCAUCAACCAGCCAAUAUUGCACAAAUAUGCCAAUGAAGAUGUGUCACUUGGUGCAUGGUUCAUAGGUCUGGAAGUUGAGCAUAUAGAUGACCGCAGUAUGUGCUGUGGGACUCCUCCAGAUUGUGAGUGGAAGGCACAAGCAGGUAACAUAUGUGUUGCAUCCUUUGACUGGAGCUGCAGUGGAAUCUGCAAGUCAGUAGAGAAGAUCAAAUAUGUGCACUCAAAGUGUGGUGAAGGGGAUGGAGCUGUUUGGAGUGCCUUAGUUUAGGUUUGGUUGGUUCAACAGAAUGCCAACUAAUUCACACGUGUUGGCAUGCAUACCUCCCUGUCUUUGUUUUUGGGUGUGGGAGGAUAUGAUGAUAUAUUUUUGGUUCAACUAUAGUCUAUACUUGGUAUUAUGUAACAUAGGCCUCUUUUGUUACAUGUAUAUUUGUAUACUUUUGUUCCUUAGACCCUUUUGCACAAUGCCUUUGGAGGUAGUUGUGCUAGUGCAGGGUCAUUUUUCAGUGUAGCAUGCUGAAGAGCAAUGAAGUGAUAGUGUUGUUGAUUCGUUCAGUGAUAAUAUGAAUAAUAAAUUACAUAAAUCUCUCCAAAGGUUUAAAGAAA